UUCUCUUUAAGUCUGAGGGUCCCAGCCCGGAACGAUAUCUCGUCCCCCCUUGGGUUGCCUAUCACCAGCAUUACAAGAGACCCAUCGGAGUCCUGUUCAAGAAGUCGGGAGCCUGGAAGAAAGACCGGGUGGUCCUGAACCAGGAGGUGAUGGCUCCAGAGACCAUCAAGAACUUCAUACCCCUGCUGGACGCAGUGUCUCAGGACUUCGUCAGCGUCAUACACAGGCGCAUUGAGCAGCAGGGCUCUGGAAAGUUCUCAGGGGACAUCAGUGAAGACCUGUUCCGCUUUGCAUUUGAGUCCAUCACCAAUGUCAUAUUUGGGGAGCGUCUGGGGAUGCUGGAGGAGAUAGUGGAUCCAGAGGCCCAGAAGUUCAUUGAUGCUGUAUACCAGAUGUUCCACACCAGCGUCCCAAUGCUCAGCCUCCCCCCAGACCUGUUUCGUCUGUUCAGGACCAAGACCUGGAGGGACCAUGCAGCCGCAUGGGACAUAAUUUUCAGUAAAGCUGACAAAUACACCCAGAACUUCUACUGGGACUUGAGACAGAAAAGACACUUCAGCAACAACUACCCUGGCAUCCUUUACAGCCUCCUGGGAAGUAACAAGCUGCCCUUCGAGGACAUCAAGGCCAACAUUACUGAGAUGUUGGCAGGAGGUGUGGACACGACAUCCAUGACCCUGCAGUGGCACUUAUAUGAGAUGGCACGCAGCCUGAGGGUUCAGGAGAUGCUGCGGGCAGAGGUCCUUGCCGCCCGGCGCCAGGCCCAGGGAGACACAGCCAUGAUGCUGCAGUUGGUCCCGCUCCUCAAAGCCAGCAUCAAGGAGACGCUGAGACUGCACCCCAUCUCCGUGACUCUGCAGAGAUAUCUUGCAAAUGACAUAGUUCUUCAAAAUUACAUGAUUCCUGCCAAGACACUGGUACAGGUGGCCAACUACGCCCUGGGCCGAGAACCCACCUUUUUCUCCAAGCCGGAGACUUUUGACCCGACCCGAUGGCUGGAAAAAGACAAGAACACCACCCACUUCCGGAACCUGGGCUUUGGCUGGGGUGUACGGCAGUGUGUGGGCCGGCGGAUAGCCGAGCUCGAGAUGACCCUCUUCCUCAUCCACAUGCUGGAGAACUUCAGAAUUGAAAUCCAACAUCUCAGCGAUGUGGGCACCACGUUCAACCUCAUCCUGAUGCCUGACAGGCCCAUUGUCUUCACCUUCUGGCCCUUGAGCAGGCACCCACCCCAGGCGUGAUUGUAGGGGAUGGCACUGCCCCCGCCCCUGCCAUUCAGGCCAGCAGCCAGGUGGGAGGAAGGCCGGUGGGGCGGGGCCCCUGGGGUCUCUGCGUCUUCAGUCCUCUGUCCCCUUGCCUGCUCCUUUCUGCCCAGCCUGCCAAGCGGAUGGAUUUGGCCGUCAGUGGUCAAGUGCCUCCGCUCACCUGGGCUACUCCUUUUCCCUCCUUCCUCCCCACAUGAAGACAAUAAACGGCUGAACAAUGUGGUGCUCUCA